AGGGAAAAGGCAUGAGUAUAUCUCUAUUCCAUUUAUUUAGACCAAACGAAAUAAACUAAAGUACGGCCGCUACCGGGAAAUCAACAAUCCCGAAACUCCUCCGCCGGACCCCCGCCAAGCCCAGAGAAGAGAGAGGGGAGAGAUAUUACAUAGAGAGAAUAAGGGAGGAAGAAGGAGAAUCCGAACAACAUUAACGAUGCAUUUUAUAAAUGCGGUGAUGUUGACUCGAAUGCUAACCCGGAAUUCGGGUCUUCAAUCGGACGCCGGUGAAAUUCCGUUCGGAUCGCUCUUGUGGUUCACCUACGCUGGGAUCUCUUGUGUCUUUGUUCUAUUUGCUGGAAUCAUGUCCGGUUUAACCCUUGGUCUCAUGUCUCUUGGUCUUGUCGACCUCGAAAUUCUUCAACGCAGUGGCACCGCUGUGGAGAAGAAACAAGCUGCGGCUAUACUACCAGUGGUUCAAAAGCAGCAUCAGCUUCUUGUUACGUUGCUAUUAUGCAAUGCCGUUGCAAUGGAGGCACUUCCUAUAUACUUGGAUAAACUUUUUAAUCAGUAUGUUGCUAUAAUUCUCUCUGUGACAUUUGUAUUGGCAUUUGGAGAGGUUAUACCACAAGCGAUAUGCACCCGGUAUGGUCUUGCUGUAGGUGCCAAUUUUGUGUGCCUUGUACGAAUUUUGAUGGUUAUUUGCUACCCAAUUGCUUAUCCCAUUGGGAAGAUUCUCGACUGUUUGCUGGGACACAACGAGGCAUUGUUUAGGCGUGCACAAUUAAAAGCUCUUGUCUCCAUCCACAGUUUAGAGGCUGGAAAGGGUGGUGAACUCACCCAUGAUGAAACAACAAUCAUUAGUGGUGCGUUAGAUUUGACGGAAAAGACGGCUGAGGAGGCAAUGACACCUAUUGAAUCAACUUUUUCCUUGGAUGUAAAUUCAAAAUUGGACUGGGAAGCCAUGGGAAAAAUUCUUGCUCGUGGUCAUAGUCGAGUUCCUGUUUAUUCUGGGAAUCCAAAAAAUAUCAUAGGGCUUCUACUGGUGAAAAGUCUUUUAACAGUACGACCUGAAACGGAGACCCCAGUCAGUGCUGUUUCAAUUCGGAGGAUUCCAAGGGUUCCUUCGGACAUGCCUCUUUAUGAUAUAUUGAACGAGUUUCAGAAAGGGAGUAGUCACAUGGCUGCUGUUGUGAAAGUAAAAGGCAAAAACAAGGCUCUUCCUCCCACAUUGGAUGGAGAAGAAUUUGAGGACAACAAAGCCUCAGGCACGGAAUCCCAACUGACAGCUCCUUUACUACGUAAACAUGAUGAGAAUUCAGAUAGUGUAGUCCUUGAUAUUGAUAGAACUUCAAAGACCUCUGUUAUAAGUAGGCAACCUUCUUACCGACGCAAUGAUGCUUCUUCUAUAAAUGGGCCAAGCCAUUCAUCAGAGGACAUAGAAGAUGGUGAAGUUAUUGGUAUCAUCACCCUUGAAGAUGUAUUCGAAGAGCUUUUGCAGGAGGAGAUUGUUGAUGAAACAGAUGAGUAUGUUGAUGUUCACAAAAGAAUUCGUGUAGCUGCAGCUGCUGCUGCUUCCUCUAUGGCAAGAGCUCCAUCAAUUAGGAGAUUAACUGCACAGAAGGGAGGUCAACAUCAAACCAAGCAGGCCCAAACACCAAAGAAGUCUACUGAGGAACUGUUAGGAACCUCUAAUAACAAGUCUUGAAAGUGUUUAAAAUAGUAAAAACAAAAUUCAGAGCUCAAGUUUCAACUGACAAAUCCCCCCCAACAGCAAAAAAAAAACAGAAAAGAAAAGAAAACGCUCAGGUAAACAAACUACAAGCUUAAAAUGAAGCCUACCAUGUAUGUAAAAUUUGAGACUUUUAGACCAUUUAAGUGGAACUGAUAGUGUUAUUAUAUGUUGGAAUCACCAAAUUUUGUCCCCCAUUUACUGUCCUUUUAAAUAUUUCUUUCUUGAAAUCCCAGUAAUCAUUUUUUAUC